AGAAAGAGAACGUACACGUUACGAAGUCCAAAACAUGGAUCUAGAAUUUAAUACCUCAAAUACUCAGAAAAGUCGAUGAUCCUUCUCUCUCAGUCAACCAUCUUAACCAGCAAGCAAAGCUUACACUUCAGCUGACAUUUCCCCUUCAUCAACUUUUUCUCAAUUCUUACAAUCUAAAAAACCCCAAACUCAACUCCAAAACAUUUCUCUCGUACUUAAAAAAACAUGGCUGCUCUGUACAAAUCUUCCCUUUUCUCUGUAGUCUUUGCUGUCUUAAUUGCCACUGUCUUUGCAGAGAUCAGAUCCACUCAGAUCCGAUCCGAUUCUCGUCCCACCAUACCCUUUGACGAAUUUGGGUUCACCCAUUUCGGCCGUCUCAACCUCACCGUCACCGACAUCUCCUUUUCCAACCCGAAAUCCGGACCCGAACCCGUUCCCUCCGAAUUGGGUUUCUUCCUCGUCACCAAUGAAGCUUGGCAACACGUUCUUGAACAACUCCAGGAUGGUGAAAUUCAAUGUACUCUCCAUUCGAAUCUCGUUAAAAGGGUUUUCACUUUUGACCAGUUGCAGCCCUCUGCUCGUCAAUUCACAACUUCUUUCACUGUCUCGGAUGCCAAUCAAUUCACUCUUGUUUUUGCUAAUUGCAUGCCCAAUUUGGUAAUUUCAAUGAAUGUUCACUCCGUUAUGUACAAUUUCAACCCGAAAAAUGGGCAGCUUGAUUUUCUGUCAGCAGGCAAGACUGCUCUUCCAAUGAUUUAUUUCUUGUUUUUUAUAGUCUAUGUGUUAAUGGGGGUAUUUUGGGUUCUUACCCUUUACAAAAAACGCCUAUCUGUUUAUGGAAUUCAUUUCUUUAUGCUUGCUGUUGUGAUGUUGAAAGCAUUGAACUUGGUGUGUGAAGCUGAGGAUAAAUCGUAUAUUAAGAAAACUGGUACAGCUCAUGGGUGGGAUGUUUUGUUCUAUAUAUUUAGUUUCUUGAAGGGUAUUACGCUGUUUACUUUGAUAGUUUUGAUUGGAACUGGUUGGUCAUUUUUGAAGCCUUAUUUGCAAGAUAAGGAAAAGAACGUUUUGAUGAUUGUUAUUCCCCUGCAAGUUGUGGCCAAUCUUGCACAGGUUGUGAUUGAUGAAACUGGUCCUUUUAGUGAAAAUUCAUACACAUGGAAGCAGGUUUUCUUGCUUGUUGAUAUUGUGUGUUGUUGUGCUGUAUUGUUUCCUAUCGUGUGGUCUAUUAAGAACUUGCGGGAGGCAGCUAAGACUGAUGGUAAAGCGGCUGUGAAUUUGAUGAAGUUGACAUUAUUCAGACAGUACUAUGUUAUUGUGAUAUGUUACAUAUACUUCACGAGGGUUGUGGUUUAUGCUCUGGAGACCAUUACCUCUUAUCGGUAUCAGUGGACUAGUGUGGUGGCUGCUGAAGCGGCAACACUUGCUUUCUAUGUCUUUACGGGGUAUAACUUCAGGCCUAAGGCGCACAAUCCAUAUUUCGCAAUUGAUGACGAGGAGGAAGAAGCUGCUUCUGAGGCACUCAAGCUUGAAGACGAGUUUGAAUUAUGAUUAUCAUUCUUCAGCAAUAUGAAGAUACAUUUGAAGAGGCAAAGUAGAAGAUAACUCAAUCUCGGAGAAGGUCGUAACUUUUUUGAAAUCAUUGCCUAGUUGUUUGUUCAUUAGUGUGUAUAUUCAUGUAAUAGAUAAAACCUGUUAUGUUUUAUCUCUAUUGUCACAGUAUUCUGUUGUGCACUGAAUUCAGUUCUUGAUUAUCAAGUCAAAGAACUGGUAUUAGCUUUCUUGUUAAGCUUUAGAGCUUCAUGUGGUGACACUACUAUGUAUAAUUUUGAACAGCACUGGUCUGCAGUAAGUUUACAUGGUUAGCUAAAUAAAGGGUAUGCAAUAUAUGAUGUUUUCAUACA